AGAAAUAAAACACUUACUUAGUUUCAAUCCAAAAGUUCUCUCGACGAGAUGCCUUGGAAACGCCCAUCUUCGGUUCCGUAUCCGAAGGUUUGGUAUCGAUUCUACUCGCGAGAUGUUGCAGGAUCUGGACCCAGUGAUCAUCUAGUGGAGUAUCGUGUGGAAGAUUUAGCUGAUGAUCGUUUCGAGGAUGCAAUCCGACACUAUACCGAGAACUUUGCUGCCGAUGAACCACUUGCUGCGAAUAGAGGAAUUAUCAACGAUCCGGAUGCUCUGACGGAUCAACACGACUUCUGGCGAUGGUGCUUCGAUCAGAAGAUGACCCUCGUGUGCUACAAGGAAGGAUCGGAUGAGAUCAUCGGUACCAAUUUGCUGCUAGUGAAAUCAAUUAACGACGCUAAGAAAACUAUUACGGUUCGUAGUCAGUCUACCCGAGAUAUCAUAGAAAUCCACGAAUACAUGAUGACCGUGCGAUUCAACGUCUUCGAACGCCUUCACGUGGAUCGAUAUCUUACGGCUGUUGGGUUGGCCAUCAAUCGUCGCUACCGAGGGCUUGGAAUUGCAACGGGAAUGCUGCGCGCCAGGAUUCCGAUGUGCCAAGAAUUCCAGAUACCUGUGACCGUUACCGACUUUACCGCUCAAGGGUCGCAACGUGCUGCCGAAAAGGCCGGUUUCCAGGUCGAAGGGGAAGUUACGUAUGAUGAGCUUGCCAAGGUAAGGCCUAACUUUGCUUAUCGUGGAAUAAAAGACAAAAGUCUUAAGAUGAUGAGUCUAUGGGUGAAUCUCCAAUAAAUCAAUCUCUUCCAAA